GAACGGCUUAUUACGGGAGAAAGUACCAAUUUAAACCGAAAGUAGAAUUUCGGAUUUUCCAUAAAAAUUGUGAAAAGAAGUUGACUUGUUUAUGACAAUCAUGAGUGCAGAAAGCGAGAAAAAGAAAUCGAAGAAGAAAUCAAAGCAUCAUAGAAGAGAACAUGAUGAUGAUUUUGUUGAAAAGGAAGUGGCAAAAGCAAUGAAGCAGAUGGAGAAGGCAAUGAAGCAAGCAAAAAUUGCAGAAAAAGAUGCACGAAGGGCUAGCAAGGAAGAGUUACGGGCAAGACGCAAUGUGGAAGUAGCUGGUGAUGAAUCUGGUGAGGGUAGAGCAGGUAUAACAGUGAUACGUAACACAGUAACUCAUCCGGGAACUUUUAUCCAUGUAGAAUCUGCUGAAAAUAUUCAGAUUGGGUCAAACAACACUAUGCACAUUCAUAAAGAUAAGAAAGGAAGGACAUCUUCUAGACAAGAUUCCUCUACAGACAGUGAUGAUGGCUGUAGUAACCCUCCAGCAAGAAGAACCCCUUCAGUACCACUGCAGGACAAAGAUCCGAGCCAAUUAACAGAAGCUGAAAAGAAACUUCUGGAAGUACUAAAAUCUGAAAGAGAAGUCACUCCAGGUGAUAUGGUUGUUUGCUCCCAACAUGUUGGAAACUGGAGAAGAUUUUUACGUUAUCUUGGACUGAAUGAACCAUUAAUAGAACAGUUACACAUGGACUACCAUGCAGAAGGUGUUAGGCAGAUUAUUUAUCAGGGUGUCAUAGAAUGGACUAGGAAAGAAGGAAGGGAGGCAACUAUUGGAGCACUAGCUAAAAUAUUACAGAAAGUGGACGUCACAGAGGCUAUAUAUCAGUUACAGCCUUGACAACAACUAUAGCUAACUUUUAUAAGAAAAAAAUUACAUUGUUCAUACAGUUUGAAUAUCAGGUAGUUAAAUAAUGCAAGGAAAAAGAAAUUUUGCUAAGUUUGAAGGCGUUUAAAUAUGUUAUUUAAUUAGUGUAGAUUAUCAAGGUUAUUAUAUAAUUGGUAGACCAGAGCACAUAUCUGGUUGCUUUUUUUCUUUAAAAAGAUUAGUGGUAUCAGAGAUGUAGAUAACAGCGAUAAGCAGCUCCUAUAUACUCCAUUGAAAUAUCAUUCAUGCCUAUCAAAAAGAGAAAAAUUAGGCAUUUUGUAGCAAUUAAAACUUAAUGGAUGUAAAUUUGAUCCUUUUAUAUCAUACACAGUUUGAAAGUUAAAUCUUUUAUCUAUUGCUGCAUGUUAAAAUAUUGGUAACUUUCAUUGCCUUUCACUUAGAAAAACAUAAAUUAUCAGAACAUACCCACUGAGCCAUUUUUUUUUUGUCAUAUGAAUAGUUUUGUAAUAAAAAUUAAUAAGUAGUUCCUUUUAAAAAUUAAUGCAUCAUUUAUUUAAAUGGGAACUGUAAAUGUUUUUACCUGCAGCCAUACGGCAAAUGCAUAAGCUUUCAGGAAAUGUAUUAUUUAUCUGGUUAAUAAGUUUUACUUGCUUCAAGUUUUAAGUAUGCAUGCAUGAUAUCUUAACUGGCUAGGAUUGAGUUGCCGAUGUCUCUGGUGGUAUAUCUAGUGUUCCAUGUAUGGAAAAAAAGCCUGAACAAACUUGCUAUACUGUUUUCUAAUGAUACAACACUUUUCUAGCCACAGGUAUGAUUUAAAAAAAAUUGUGUUACAUGAAUAAUUGCUGUCGAUUGGAAGGUACAUAAAUACUCAUACAUUAUAUUCCUGUAUUAUUUGUUUGAAACAUUGUAACUAGAUGAUAAGACGUUAUUUUAUGAUUUUUUUAUUGGCCAAGGUCUGGCCAACCUUUCAGGUUUUAGGGGAUAGCCCCUGUAUUAGUCAGGUUUUAGAAUGUAUGUUUAAAUUACGACAAAGUGUAAGAUUUAUUGAUGUCAUGCUAAAUUGUAAUAUAACUAAAGAAAAAUCAAUAAAUUAUAUUUGCAAGUUGA